GUCCUCACUCCUCACACACCUGGGGCUGGUAGUUUUCCAUGUGACACAGGCAGGAUUUCUGAGAAAGGAGAGAGAUACUCGAGGAUAGAUUCCUGCUGUGUUUGUUCCGCUGGAAUAUUUACAUUUUUCUGAUCCCAGUUCAUAUCCCAAGCCACAGGUAUGAACUGGUCAGCACUAGAGAGCCUACUCAGCGGGGUCAACAAGUACUCCACUGUGUUUGGCCGUGUGUGGCUGUCCAUGGUGUUUGUGUUCCGUGUCAUGGUGUUCGUGGUUGCCGCCCAGCGUGUGUGGGGAGACGAGAGCAAGGACUUUGUGUGCAACACCAGGCAGCCCGGCUGCACCAAUGUCUGUUAUGACAGCAUCUUCCCCAUCUCACACAUCCGCCUGUGGGCCCUCCAGCUCAUCUUCGUCACCUGUCCAUCUCUCAUGGUCAUGGCUCACGUCAAGCAUCGUGAGGGGAAGGAUUCAAAGUACGCUUCCCAGCACCAGGGCUCUCACCUGUACGCCAACCCAGGGAAGAAACGUGGAGGCCUGUGGUGGACCUACCUGGUCAGCCUGAUCUUCAAGGCCGUGGUUGACGCAGCCUUCCUUUACAUCCUCUACUACAUCUACCAUGGCUAUGACAUGCCACGUCUCUCCAAGUGUGCCCUGGAGCCUUGCCCAAACACAGUGGACUGCUACAUAUCCAGGCCCACGGAGAAGAAGAUCUUCACCAUCUUCAUGGUGGUCUCCUCAGCCAUCUGCAUCUUCGUGUGCAUCCUGGAGAUGUUCUAUCUGUUGGGCAAGCGGUUACAGAAGGUGCUUAAAGUACGGCAGGCCAACAAGAGACUUCUCUUCGCUGAGUGCCAUGAGGUGACCAACAUCGCUCCGCCGAGGUCAUCGUAUAUCAGGGUAGAUCCAACUAUUGGGAGCCAGCAGAACAUCAGCAGACAGAAGAAGGCAGAGGAGGCUGCUGCCACAAGACCAUGUCUCAGGACUGCCUGGCCUGAUGACUCCUUGCUGUCCCCAGUCCACCUUGUCGUGCUGCUGCUCCAAUUUCAACUGUUCUGCCUGCGGCUAUGGAACCCUGACCUGUUCACCGGACAUGGUACCUGUCCCAGACAUGCUGUUUUCAACUCUCUAGAGCAGGAGCGGUAGAGAUACUCUGAAUGAUCGGCUAUGAAAAGUCCACUGACAUUUACUGACCUGUUGCACCCUCUACAACCACUGUGAUUAUUAUUAUUUGACCCUGCUGGUCAUCUAUGAGCAUUUGAACAUCUUGGCCAUGUUCUGUUAUAAUCUCCACCCGACACAGCCAGAAGAGGACUGGCCACCCCUCAUAGCCUGGUUCCUCUCUAGGUUUCUUCCUAGUUUCUGGCCUUUCUAGGGAGUUUUUUCUAGCCACUGUGCUUCUACACCUGCAUUGCUUGCUGCUUGAGGUUUUAGGCUGGGUUUCUGUACAGCACUUUGUGACAUCAGCUGAUGUAAGAAGGGCUUUAUAAAUACAUUUGAUAGACUUACGUUUUAGAUUUUAUUAUAAUAUAUUUUUUCCAACCACAGAAGCCGCUCUAAAUGUUCAAAAUAUAAUUUAGACACAGACGAUCAAUAGUUUAUAAAAAAUGUUUUAUCACAAGCACAAAAUAAAUGUAAUUCAUUAAAAUGAAUUAAAUUAAGGAAACACCAACAUAAAGUGUCAGGAAGGCUGCAGUUUGGGCAGCAUGUGCGCCAAAUAUAGGCUACAGCUUGUUGCGUGGUGGCCCUAAACAUAUAAUCCAUAGAAGGUUUUGUAACCCCGGGGCCUAUGAUUUCUUAAUCCGGUCCUGCAAAUGCAUUCAACAAGUUUCUUGUCACAAGCUUGAUGUAGUUAUAGUGUGCAAUGAAUAUGGGACCAAAUUCUAAACUUUUGACUGCUUGACUACACUUUAAGUGAAUUUGUCCAAAUACGUAUGACAUCUUCAAAUGGGGGGACUACUGUGGGUACAUAAAGUGCUUUCAUUUCUCAAAUGUGCAACGUUCACCUCACUCACUCAGAAUUCCAUGCAAAUUAAAUCACCUCUCACUCUUCAACAAAAGGGAAUUUGCAUCGCCACCACAGACAAUUCAAAACCCCUUUUCCUGCAGUAUGCUUUACACAAUAAAAAGGCAACAACCUUUAUACAAUUAAAAAGGUCACAACAAUCUUUGCACGGUUCAAAAGCUACAACAAAAAUUAUUAAACAGAUCCAUUCAAAAGCUCUCCCUUUUCUGAAAUUCUCUCUCUCUCUCUCUCUCUCUCUCUCUCUCUCUCUCUCUCUCUCUCUCUCUCUCUCUCUCUCUCUCUCUCUCUCUCUCUCUCUCUCUCUCUCUCUCUCUCUCUCUCUCUCUCUCUCUCUCACUCUAUCCCCGUCUGCGUUCUAAAGCCUCAGCCCACAUGGUCUCUCUCUCUCAGCUACAACGUCUUUUAAAAUAGCACACUCCAUCCACAGCACAGCACAUUGCCUGCCUUAACGUUACAUAAGUGACACCUGUUAGCCUUUUACUUGUACUUCCCUCCUACAAUUCCAUUUCUCCAUUAUCAACACACCCUCUCCCUCACUCUAUUCUUCCCUCUGUCAUCUAACCACAAUAACAAUUUCCUUUAGUGCUCUCUCGUUGCCAUGGCUCACACUGCUUAUUGUCCCUCAUUCGAGUAUGGUCUGAUCCCACUGGGCACAGACGUCUAUUACACGUUGGUUCAACAUUAUUUAAUUGAAACGACGUGGAAACGAUGUCGAUUCAACAAGUGUAGCACCUGGCAGAUAUUCUACUGCAUGAUUCACCCACUCGGCUACACCCACUCAUGCAGUGUCCUAGCUGGCUACGUAUCACACUGUAGAAACAAGCACACAGCAUGCACCCCCACAUACUCCUUGAAAAAAAUUGAGUGAGAAAAUAAACAUGUUAAAUCUGAAAAAUGUUCAUUUCUUUAUUCUCUAAUGAUAUUAGUAAAUACUACUGUAUUUAAUGUGCAUAUACCCUACCCAUUCCCCUGCUCCAAAUCGCAAUUUUUGCCACACAAAAUUGAGAAUCCUAAAUUCCAAGUAUAGACCAUAUAUUCCCUACAGUUUAUUGAAAGAGAAGAAGCUCUGAACUAUCUGUUCAGACCUACCCACAUGUCUAUAGAAAACCACAUCAGUUCUGAACUAUCUGUUCAGACCUACCCACAUGUCUAUAGAAAACCACAUCAGUUCUGAACUAUCUGUUCAGACCUACCCACAUGUCUAUAGAAAACCACAUCAGUUCUGAACUAUCUGUUCAGGCCUACCCACAUGUCUAUAGAAAACCACAUCAGUUCUGAACUAUCUGUUCAGACCUACCCACAUGUCUAUAGAAAACCACAUCAGUUCUGAACUAUCUGUUCAGGCCUACCCACAUGUCUAUAGAAAACCACAUCAGUUCUGAACUAUCUGUUCAGACCUACCCACAUGUCUAUAGAAAACCACAUCAGUUCUGAACUAUCUGUUCAGGCCUACCCACAUGUCUAUAGAAAACCACAUCAGUUCUGAACUAUCUGUUCAGACCUACCCACAUGUCUAUAGAAAACCACAUCAGUUCUGAACUAUCUGUUCAGGCCUACCUACCUAGAGGUUAUGGAAAAUGUGCUCUUUUAGUAUUUCUCCAGUAGGUUUCCAGAAGGAGAAAGCCUUCACUUCUAUGUAAAUUAUAAUCUAAUAAAAACACUAUAGUAAAUGCUACAGUAGUGUCCACUAAAACACUACAUUAAUUACUAUGGUGUGUACUACAGUUUUCUUUUACCACUGUCACGCCCUGACCUUAGAGAUCCUUUUUAUGUCUCUAUUUGGUUUGGUCAGGAUGUGAUUUGGGGUGGGUAUUCUAUGUUCUAUUAUUUGUAUUUCUAUAUUUUGGCCAGGUAGGGUUCUCAAUCAGAGACAGCUGUCUAUUGUUGUCUCUGAUUGAGAACCAUACUUAGGUAGCCCUUUCCCACCUGUCUUUGUGGGAGGUUGACUUUGUUUAUGGCACAUAGCCUUUAGUGUCACUGUUUUUUUGUUGUGUUUAUUGAUUUGUUCGGCGUCUUUUCUAAAUAAAAGAAUAUGUACACUCA